GGGAAUUUUCCUUAACGAGAGCAGCGAGCAGGGGCUGGGCCUAAAACCCUAACAACAGAACCGCCGCCGCCACGGAACCCACCCACGCCGGAAUGUCGCCGGCGGAGCCCCGGCCGCCCGCCGCCGCCACCCGCAAGCGGAAGAAGCCGCACAAACCCACCAAAACCCUCGCCAAGAACCCCACCAAUCCCGUCUCCACGAAGGCGAAGAAGAAGAAACCGCCGCCGCCCUCCAAGGCGGACCAAUCCGCCUCCGCCGCCGCCGCCGGUGGCGUCCUCCUGUCGGCCGAGAUGCCCCCUGCGCGGCAGCUCGAGUUCCUCCUCCGCAGCUUCGAGCGCGCCGCCAAGAUGCGCCUCUCCCCGCUCGAGCUCGACGCCUACUCCGAGGGAUGCAUGGUGCCGCUCGCGGAGGGGGCGAGCCAGGACGUGGAGGGAUUCGGUGACCAUGUGAAAGGGGCCUUUGGCUCCUCUUGGAAGGAGGAGCUUUGUGAGGGGGAGCUCGAUGGCGGCGCCGUGGACGCGGGCAGCCCGGCGCUCCUGGUUAUCUGCUCAGCUGCUCUGAGAUCGUUGGAGCUUCUUAGGGGUUUAAAGAUGUUUACUAAAGAGUGCCGCCCUAUUAAGCUCUUUGCUAAGCACAUGAAAGUGGAGGAGCAGGUUGCGUUGCUUAAAACUCGAGUUAAUAUUGCUUGCGGUACACCAAGCAGGAUCAAGAAGCUAAUUGACAUGGAAGCAUUAUCUCUGUCACGGGUGAAACUAGUUGUACUUGACAUGCAGAGAGAUGCAAAGUCAUUUACCUUAUUCACGUUGCCACAAGUCAGCAACGAGUUCUGGGACUUAUACAAGGGCUAUCUCGAUCAGAAAGUUCGAGGAGGAGAUACAAGAUUAUGUUUUUAUGGUGCUGUCUCUGAGAAAGAUGUGAAAAAAGCCCUUCCAUCUGCGGAGUAAAAAUGGCUGAUACGAUGAAUUUGUGUCAUGUGCACAUUGUAGUCAAUGUACUAGAUAUGUAUUUUUGACAUACUAGAAGUUUGUAGAAGCAGGCUGGGCAAGAAAAUUUUGGAAUUUUGAGUGCAUUUUUGUCAAUCCUACCAAUUUUUGGGUUUUGUCCUCGCAAA